UAACCCAGAUAAGCCUACCGUCCGUUUAAACAUACACUUUACAAACUCUUGUAAAAUAAAGAUUCGGAUAUCCUUUGGUAGAUGGCGCCACCAAGACAAUAACCUGUUGAUGUUUCUUCAGCAGAUUUCCAAUGAGUGGUUAUUAGAGCGUGUUUUGAGCGCCAGAAAUAAUUUGUGAAAUUUAGUGACUUCCAAGAGUAAAAAACAUGGAUAAUUGGAGGUAAGAAUUUUAGAAAUAUUAUAAUAAUGAAUUAUUGUACAUACCUAUAUUUACAUUAGUUUGGAAGUAUAGUUUUUGAUUUAGGAUCAUUUAACCCAAUAAUUUUAUUUUCUCAUUGGUAACAUAACCUCAAAGUGUGGUGUUGGUUUAAACAUGCGGUAGCAUAAAGAGGUAUUAUAAUAGACAAUAUUUUUUUUCGCAACCACUAGGUUUAUAAUCGUCCAAAAAUUCGAAAAAAUUGCGCCGAAGUGGAAGAAGCCGCUAAAACUGCAUGAGAUUAUAGAAGAGAUUCAAAAUUUGAGUGAUGAUACAGAAAUACCUGACGGAAUUGCUGUUUUUCCGCCAGAUGGAUGGAACACCGAUGAGGAUUCUGGCGACGAAAAUACCGUUAUCUUAGAUAACCUUCCUGGGAGCCAGCUAAUGGCUGAUGCUGAAGUAAUUUUUGAUCGUCAGUCCCCUGAUGGCGGGGAAUGUGAAGGUGAUAAAAACAGAGAUGAUAUUCCAUCAACAUCUGUAAAACGUUUAAAAAUGGCUGAAGAUGCUGACUCUCUUUGCAAUCCUACAGGGGUGUUUGAGGAUAAUCACUAUGACUCCGAGGAUGAACUUCCCUUGGCAACAUAUUUACCUGCCAAUCAGCAACAUGCAUUGCCAAACAAGAUGAGGAAAAAACCUUUAUAUACUUGGAAAAAAGAAGAUAUAAAACCUGACUUUUCAGACUGGAAAGAAUAUUAUGGCCCGAAAAACUCUCUGUCGCCACUAGAAAUAUUUUCUUUGUUUAUUGACGAUGAAGUUGUUAAUUUGAUAACCGAUUAUUCAAAUUUAUAUGCAUCACAGCAUAAUCACGCAGGAGAUAUAUCUGCAAAUGAGGUCAGGACUUUUAUAGGAGUGUUGCUUCUAAGUGGUUACAAUCAAUUCCCUAGAAGGGCUAUGUACUGGGAGAAUAGCGACGAUGCUGGAAAUAAAUUGGUGUAUUCUGCUAUAUCAAGAGAUAGGUUUACCUAUAUUAUGCAAAAUAUCCAUACAAAUGAUAACACCUCCUUGGAUCAAAAUGAUAAAUUUUCAAAGAUGCGACCAUUAUUUGAUUUAAUCAAUAAAAAAUUUCAGCUGUUUGCACCAUUUGAAGAGUGUCAUAGUGUAGACGAGUCUAUGGUUCCUUACUAUGGAGGUCAUGGCUCCAAACAAUUUAUCCGGGGCAAACCCAUCCGUUGGGGCUAUAAACUAUGGCAAGGAACCACAAGGCAGGGUUACAUCGAAUGGUUUGAACCUUAUCAAGGUUCCAAAACACCACUACCUGAGAAAUACCGACCGUUGGGUCUAGGAGCAAGCGUUGUUUUACAGUUCGCUGAUGUUCUGCAAUCGAAUGAUAUUCAGCCCAACGCACCUUUUCACGUAUUUUGUGAUAAUUUUUUUACCUCCUUGCCACUCCUAAGUGAACUAACAGCAAGAGGGUUGAAGUGCACGGGCACCCUUAGGGAAAAUAGAAUUUCCAGUUGUCCACUUAGAAAUUCCAAGCUGAUAAAAAAGGAAAUCCGUGGUACAUUUGAAUAUUCUUUGGAGAAAAGCACAAAUGUCAUAGUUUGUAAAUGGAAUGACAACAAUGUUGUUACCAUAGCGUCAAAUGUCACAUCGCCCCUUCCUACGCAGCCAGUAAAAAGAUUUUGCCAAAGUAAGAAGAAAAAUGUCAACAUUGACCAACCUCAUAUGAUCAAAAAAUAUAACGAGAGUAUGGGAGGCGUCGACAGAGCUGAUCAAAAUAUCAGCUUAUACCGGAUCGCCAUUAGAGGAAAAAAGUGGUACUUUUGUUUAUUGGCUCAUUGCCUAGAUAUGGCAGAACAAAACGCUUGGCAGCUUCAUAAACGCAACGGCGGGAAUAUGGAUCAUUUGACUUUUCGAAGAUGUAUUGCUGCUGCAUUGCUGGAAACUUUUAAGAAAACAACAAAACGUGGCCCAUCGAAGAAAAGUAAGAACAAUCAUCUAGAAUCAAGAUACGACAGGCUUGACCAUCUGGUCAUUUAUCAAGAGAAGCAGACCAGGUGUGCCGUGUGUCACAAACAGGCAGCAUUCCGUUGUGAAAAGUGCGAUGUGGCACUUCAUCCAAAAAUUUGUUUCCUAAGUUAUCACACUAAAGAAUAAAAGUCUAUUACAAUUUUGUUUACUUUUAUGUUGUCAUUUCAAUGUAAAAUCAAAUUGUAUAUCUAGAUUUGGUUAAGUUGUAAAAGUAGUCCUAGUUCCUACCGUCCGUUUAAACAUACACCUACUAUCUUCAAAUCUUUUAUCUAAAAUAAAAAUAUUUAUAAGAAAAAAGUGUUUCAAAUAGCUUAUCUAAAACGCCUCUAAAUUUUUAUAAGGAAAAAUGAAAAUAAAAGUUUCAGUAAUAUCUGGGUU